AUGAGUUUGGCUGAAACUGAAAUUGAAGAUGCCCCGUCUUCUUACAAGUCCGACGUCUGGCAGCAUUUUGGUUUUCCAGUCACGCGACAGGACGACGAGCUGGCUGGUCCAGGCCCCCCCCCCGCCACUCAGGAGUUGAUGACACGCUUGGGGUUCUUGCUGGGCGAAGGCAUCCCAGGCUCCUCGCGCAUACCUGUGGACGACAAGAAUGAAAAAAAGUGUCCAGUGAAUCAGGGAAUCAGUCCGUGUUCCACUCUGACCAGCAGCACGGCGUCUCCGUGUACGGACAGCCCCUGCUCCACCUUAAACAGUAACAGCGGCCACCCGGCCUGUGGAGCCAUCACCAGCCCCAGCUCCACCCUCGAGAGCAAAGACAGCGGCAUCAUCGCCACCAUCACCAGCUCUUCAGAGAAUGACGACCGCAGCGGCUCCAGUCUGGAGUGGGGUAAAGAGGGCAGCAUAAGGAGCUGCGCUCAGCAUGUGCGGCCAGACACGUGCUCUCCGGUGGCCGAGGAGGAAGCGUCAACAUCUGGGACCGGUGUACGGAGCAUCUCCACCACGGCUAAGAAGACUUCAGGAGCCGUAGGGUCCGAGGGCCCCGUCCAGUAUCCCACGCAGAACACGUCCAGUCUGAUGAUGCCUCGGCCGAACUCAGUCGCAGCGACGAGCUCCACUAAGCUGGAGGAUCUGAGCUAUCUUGAUGAACAGCGGAACACCCCCCUGCGUAUGUCCAUCCGCCUGCCCUGGCACAACACUGGCGGCAGAGCUCCACACGACAAAGCCCGCUUUGCGCUGUACAAGCCCACUGACAUCAUGCUCAAGCCGCUGCUGUUUGAGGUUCCCAGCAUCACCACAGACUCUGUGUUCGUGGGCCGUGAUUGGCUGUUCCAGCAGCUGGAGGAUGACCUGAGGCCCAGCGAAUCGGGUGAGAGCUCCGGGUCCAUCAUCGUGGGCAACGUGGGCUUCGGCAAAACCGCCAUCAUCUCCCGCCUGGUGGCCCUCAGUUGCCAUGGCGGCCGCAUGCGACAGAUCGCAUCCAACAGCCCAAGCGCAUCUCCGAAAAGUGGGGAGCCGAGUUCAGAUCUGCCCCUGAGUCAGCCGCCUCAGCCGACCCCUCCGCCCAGCGCCACCAACACCCUGCGAUCCAGCAGCUGUCCCAGCACACCUGAGCUGCAGCGGUGCCGCGAGGAGGCCUUCAAACGCCUGGCUGCCAAGACCUCAUCUCAGGGUGAGGAGCAUGUCGUUCCUAUUAACCCCGCCUGUCCAAAUGGGAAAUAUUCCCAUCUGUCAAACACAUCUUUCAAUAAUGAAUCAGGACAAAUUAAGAGGGUCCCUCAGAAGGUGUCCUGCUGUCUCACCCGUCUCUGCCAGGUUUCCUCACUCCAGAGGAAGAUUCCAGAGGAAGAUUGCAUCAUCUUGAUUGAUGGGUUGAACGAGGCGGAGUUUCACAAACCGGACUAUGGUGACACUGUCGCCUCCUUCAUCACCAAGAUCAUCUCCAAGUUCCCCAACUGGCUCAAACUGAUCGUCACUGUGAGAACAAGCCUUCUGGAGAUCACCAGUCUGCUGCCCUUCUCCAAGAUCAGCCUGGAUGAGUUCCCAGAAAGCAAGGAGAUCGGGACGGACCUAAACGCCUACAUCCAGCACCGCAUCAACGGCAGCCAGAACAUCCUCAACAACAUCUCCCUCAACGGCAAAGCAGACCCCAUCAUCGUGGGCAAAGUCAGCUCCCACCUCAUCUCCCGCAGCCAGGGCUCGUACCUGUACCUCAAACUGACCCUUGACCUCUUUGAGAAGGGUCAUCUGGUCAUCAAGAGCGCCAGCUACAAGGUGGUGCCCGUCUCUCUGUCGGAGCUCUACCUGUUGCAGUGCAACAUGAAGUUCAUGACCAACUCUGCGUUUGAGCGCGCCGUGCCCGUUCUCAACGUGGCGCUGGCGUCCCUUCACCCCAUUACGGACGAGCAGCUGUUUCAGACGCUGAACGCGGGCAGCAAGCGGGGAGAGCUGCUGUGGGACGACUUCCAGCAGAGGAUGGAGACGCUCUCUUGUUUCCUCAUCAAACGCAGGGAUAAGACGCGCAUGUUCUGCCACCCGUCCUUCAGAGAGUGGCUGGUGUGGCGAGCGGAUGGAGAGAGCUCCGACUUCCUGUGUGACCCCAGUCCGGUGCCAGGUGUUCUUUGGUCUGCCUCUCUUACGUUUGCCCUCUGGUGUCCAGAAAAGGGCUGUGCAGAGAUGGUGUUUGGCCAGAAAAUUCGCCUGAUUCUCCUCAAGUUCUUUGUGUGGAAAACAAACGGAGAGCUUUUUCAGGUCACUGUCUGUCAUCCUCCAGAACCAUAUAACAUGGUGGAAAGCACACAGCUCUGGAGAGUACCAGGUCAUCUUAUGAAUCUCUCUGUGAGGAACGACGAGAUCAUAGGUGGUACAGAGUUCUAUCAGUCUCUCCGCAUUUUCAUUCAUGGUACCGCAGCCCUCUCUUCCCAUGGCUCUUUCAAAGGUCUGAGUAAGAAGACCGGUGUGUCGUCCAGUGUUCUUCAAGCCUUAUGGAUCAGCUGUAGUACUGAUGGUCUUUCUGCUGCUUUGGUUUCCCUUAGGAACCUCUACACACCCAAUGUCAAGGUGAGCCGUCUGCUGAUGCUGGGUGGAGCGAAUGUCAACUAUCGUACGGAGGUGUUGAACAACGCUCCGGUCCUCUGCGUCCAGGCUCACCUGGGCCAUCAGGAAACGGUCAGCCUGCUGCUGGAGUUCGGCGCAAACGUGGAUGUGGUUUCAGAGAAUGGCAUGAGCUCCUUGUGUUACUCAGCGGCCGCUGGUCAUCUGGGGCUGGUCGGUCUUCUCUGUAAGAGAGGAGCCAAGGUGGAUCACGUGGACAAGAGCGGCCAGUGUGCGCUGGUGCAUGCGGCCCUGCGGGGUCAUUCAGAGGUCAUCAAGUGUCUGCUGGAGCUGAGCUGGAGCACUGAGGGUCAACAGGACCUGAGCUUGAAGAACAAAGCCCUGCAGCAGGGGCUCAUCGCGGCCUGCAGUAUGGGACACAUUCAUGUGCUGGAAGGCUUGUUGACGUUGAAUAAUGAACUGGAGGUGCAGAUUGAUGUCCACGACACACUGUGGGGCGAAACAGCUCUGACUGCGGCCGCAGGACGGGCGAAGAUGGAGGUGUGCAGCUUCCUGCUGGAGCGGGGGGCGCAGGUUCAGCAGGUGAACAGGAGAGGAGCGUGUGCCCUGUUCUGCGCGGUCCGACAGGGACACUGGCAGAUCGCAGAUCUGUUGCUGCAGCAUGGGGCGGAUGUGAAUGUAAGCGACAAACAGGGCCGGACGCUGCUGAUGGUGGCCGCAUGUGAGGGGCAUCUCAGCACGGCUGACUUCCUGUUGUCUAAAGGUGCCUCUUUAGCGUCGCUGGAUAAGGAAGGGUUAACGCCGCUCAGCUGGGCUUGUUUAAAAGGACACAAGAACGUUGUUCAGUUUUUGGUGGAGAAGGGUGCGGUUAUCGACCACUCGGACAAGAAUGGACGCACUCCGCUGGACCUGGCUGCUUUCUACGGGGACGCAGACAUCGUUCAUUAUCUGGUUGAGAAGGGGGCUGUGAUCGAGCAUGUGGACUACAGUGGCAUGAGGCCGCUGGAUCGAGCCAUCGGCUGCAGAAACACCUCAGUGGUGCUGACCUUACUGAAGAAAGGAGCCAAACUCGGCUACAGAACGUCACCUUAUGAUCGAACAGGUAACGCAGCCUGGGCGAUGGCGACCUCUAAACCCGACAUCCUCAUCAUCCUCCUGCAGAAGCUCAUGGAGGAAGGCAACCUGCUGUAUAAGAGGGGGAAGAUGAAGGAAGCGGCUCAGCGGUAUCAGUACGCAUUGAGGAAGUUUCCCAGAGAGGGAUUCGGUGAUGAACUCAAGGCCUUUAAGGAGCUGCGUGUGUCUUUGUACCUCAAUCUCUCCCGCUGUCGCCGGAAAACCAACGACUUUGGCAUGGCAGAGGAGUUCGCAACCAAGGCUUUGGAGCUCAAACCCAAAUCGUACGAGGCGUACUACGCGAGAGCCAGAGCCAAACGCAGCAGCAGACAGUUCACUGCAGCAUUAGCUGACCUGCAUGAGGCCACGAAGCUCUGCCCCAACAACCGCGAGAUCUGCCGUCUGCUGGCACGCGUGGAGGACGAGUGCAAACAGAUGCAGCGCAGCCAGAGCAAACAGCAGAGCCUGAGCAACCUGCCGGCCGACCUGGAGCACGCCGGUCCAGAGCGCGGCGAUGAUGACGAGGAGGAAGAGGAGGAGGAGGAGGACGACGACUCUGAGGCCUGGUCUCAAAACAUCUACUCGCUAAACCGGACUUCAAACGGCCGCUCAGUUUCACCCCCUCACAGGCAAAGCCUCCGACAUCAGCACCAGAAGAGCCUCGUCCUGCAGCCCAGCAAACAGGCGCAGAUCGUCAAAACCAACCAGCAUCUCGGCUCCUUACAGGCAGGAUCCAUACGGCCGACCAACACAAAGAGCCAGUCGCAAUAUGCUCCGUCCAGCCCGAUUCCCAGCCGGCACAUAUCCAGUGUCCUAAAGGCUGGACCAGGCAUUGAUAUCAGCCCGUUACUGCCCACAAACGACGAUGCAGACGUCCAAAUGCACUCGUCUAAAACUCUAGAAGGGACGGUUCUUUCUGCGACUUCUGGAGCUCAAAGUCGAGAGCUGCGAAAGGACGCCAGCAUGAGGGUUUCCAGCUCCACCAGCAGCCUGGCAUCCAGCAGCAGUUUAUCAGACAGCGGGAAAGCGCAAGGCCCAGACGUGCGCACCAAAACCGCAUCGGACAAACCUAAGAUCAGCCAGACCGGCUCUGUGGAGUACAAACCCCGUCCGUUCAUGGGAAUCAUUGACAAAACGGCUCGAUUUCAACAGCAGCAGCAGCAGCCAGUGGUGUCUCGAGGUUGGCAGAGUCACUCCACUGAAGGACUCGUCGUUUCUGCGGGUCUGACGGGUGAGAUUGCGUACGGAAAACCGUCCGGAACUUAUUACGAGCCGCUCAAGUGUCCCGCCAUGGGCGGCCUGCACAAUGGGAGUCUGCAUGCUAAAGAGUUCUGCCAUAAGGAAAGCAAACCGGUUCUGGCCAUGGCACAUUCAUUCACAGACAGCAUGAACAAACAGCCCAGCUUAACUCAAGAAAACCCCACCAUUCAUGUAGCGGCAAUGAGACCAAAGAGAUCUUUUAUAGAGUCGAAUGUUUAGGAUGUUCAUAUGCAACAACCCUAGAAAACACACUUCAGAUGAAGGGAUUCGAUCUGAAGAUGAUUCCAGCCCUAUAUAUAUAUACACACACACAUAUACACACUACUGU